AUGCCCGUAAUCGACCAGCUCCAGGAGAUCAUCAGAGCGUUGUCGGCGCCAACGGCGCAGGAACAAGCCCAGCAAGGGCAGAACCGUGACCGAGGUGGCCGUGGAGGACGAGGAGGAGGAAGAGGAGGCCGCCGAGGUCCCGCCCUCCAAGGCGGAAUCGUGCGUUUGCCCGGGUUUGUUGGGACGGGGGCUCUUGGGACGCUGUCACGCGCCCAAUUGCAGGUCCUGGUGGAGAGGGGCUUCGAGGCCCUCAUGGGCACCACCACCACCACCACCACCGACGCCGCCAUCACCACCACCACCGCAGCUGCUGCUGCUCCUGCUGCUGCUGCACCAGCCCAAGGGCAAGAAGGAGAAGAAGAGGAAGAGGAAGAGGAAGAAGGACCUGCGAUAUCCGUCGCAGGAGUCGACGAUUUCGUCGAUUGGAAUAUUCGGAUGAUCUUGCUGUUGUCUUUAUCCACAUUAACUAGCCUUCUAUUUAUUACUAUUACAUCUACUACAUCUACUACAUCUACUACAUCUACUACAUCUACUACAUCUACUACAUCUACCCUAUCAAGUUCUAUCGCCGUCACUAUAAUUCAAGGUGGUCGAAAAGUAGCAGGAAUAUUCACAAUCUACCUUGCAUUGUUUGUUGAGAGGCAAGUGAAGAUUCGUAAUGCUUUGAAUGAUCACACAGCUCCAAAGAAAAGGUGA